CUACCAGUGCAAUCGCAGUUUCACCCCGCUUUGAGAAGAAUCGGAGUCGCAGAUGCGCCGGUCAGUAAGAAGAGUUGGACGCCCGGCCGGAGGUGGAGGUGUGCCAAGGGGAGUAUUUCCUUGAUACAGUACAGGACCCGUACUUUCCUGACAAAAGCCAAUCACAUUGAAUAACUGUGGGGAAAUGUAUGCCUAUCUUUUCAGUGGACGUACGUGCAAGGCACAGCGUGAGCUCUGAACGUCUGAAUCGUUUAGAGAGCGAAACGUAAGAGAGGAUUUUGGAGAAAGCGAGCGAGCGAUGAGGAAGCAAUCUUUGCACUGGUUUGAGCAGGGCGGAACAUGUUCAAGUGUAUUGGUAUGUAUUCGCAAUGAUUGGACACGAAGAAUCGCGUCGUCGCGAAAUCUUGAACUCCGCUCCACGUCUCCAACGCCCAAUGCUCGGUCGCUCCCUCGGAUAGCCAACAGAAACUCCACACCAUCAACUCUGACAAUAACGCUUGCAGUAAAGCAAAGCAAAGCUACCGAGAUGCUACAUAAACAGACCCCACUAGUACCAGAACAUUCGCUCUCCAUGCCGCCGAAAAAUCUCGUCGUAGAGCGUGUCCUUGAUGCGAUGCGUGGAAUGAAACCUGAAGCGCCCAACCUUUAUGUUCCAUGUCAUCUCCGGCUGGUCGUAUGCCCAGAGACUUAGAACAAAUGAGAAUCAUUAAUGCAGCCGUCCAAAUCAUAUACAGUACAA